AUGUCGACAGAGUGCCGCGCCUGGAGGGGCAGCGGGUUUCGCCUCAGCCCCGAUUCGCCCAGGUGGCUGGGCCUCAUCUGCCUGCUGCCCAAUGGCGGAGCACGGCCGAAUCGUGGCGGGUUGAGGGGACCGCCCCCGCUGCAGCCCAGCUGGCUGCAGGGUCUGCAGGCGCACUGA